AGAGUAAACCUCCGUUAAUUAUAUGGUUCAAAGCACAGUUCCGGUUGGGAGGGCGUAUUUUAUUUUUUGUUCUUUUUUUGUCAAUUCUUUCAUAUUUUGAAUAAUUCGGUGGUAAUGGCAAUGUUUGUCAGCGAAUUGGAAGCUGCAAAGAAGAGUCUGAGCGAGGCGUUGGGUGAAAAUGUAAAGCAAUACUGGGCAAAUUUGAAACUUUGGUUUAAGCAGAAAAUCAGCAAAGAAGAGUUUGACAUUGAAGCCAGACGCCUCCUCACACAAGAGAAUGUACAUUCCCACAAUGAUUUCCUGUUGGCUAUUCUCACUCGAUGCCAGAUCCUUAUAUCUUCACCAGAGGGAACCGGCUCAUUAAACUCUACAGCCAAACCUGGAAGUAAACCAAAAGGCAAGAGGAAGAUUUCAUCCGUGCGUCAGAAGUUUGAUCAUCGCUUUCAGCCUCAAAACCCCCUAGCUGGUGCCCAACAGUUUGUGAGCAGAGAUCCCCAGGAGGAGGACGAACUUAAAUUAUGUGCUCAUACAAUGACCCUUCCCUCGCGGGGCCAGCUGGAGGGCCGUAUGAUCAUCACUGCUUUUGAGCAUGGACUAGACAAUGUGACAGAGGAAGCCGUGACCGUUGUUAUCCAUGCAUUAGAGAAACACCUAAAGGAUUUAUUGACCUCUGUGAUAUCACGGCGGCAAGCAUAUAGAGUAAAAGACGGUCACUUUAAAUAUGCCUUUGGAUGCAAUGUCACCCCACAGCCGUAUCUGAGAAACAGUGUAAUAGCUUAUAACCAACUUUCUGAAUGCCCUCCUUUAUUACCAGCUCCUUCAGGCACUGUGACAAAUGUUCACCCCGAUGAUGCAGAACAGCAAGCAGCACUUCUGUUGGCGUGCUCAGGUGACCGCACGCCUGCAAGCCUACCCCCUGUCAAUAUGUACGACCUUCUAGAAGGUUUGCAGAUUUACAGAGAGGUUAUUCCUUCGCACACGGUUUAUGCCCUAAACAUGGAGCGUGCCCUUAUGAAGCUUUGGCACCCAAAUAUAGAAGAGUUACAACAAGAUGAAAUUCAUCGCCAAAGACUAACAGCCAAGAAUGGCUUCCUUCUGUGCUGAGCCGGGAUGUACCUGCAUCGUCCAGUGGGAUUAAUACAACCCAUAUCUGGGUUACCUUGUCUUCUCUACUGCUACAUUUAAGCAUCUGCCAGGACUUUUUUAAGCAUGUUCUUUAGCGUGCGCUUAUGGCGGAUUGCACAGAACUUUGUGAACUGCGCGAAAUAUGUUGAAUAUUUUUUUUUUUUUCAAUAAUAAAAAAAAAGCGAUUUGUUAAAAAAAAGAAUGCUAUGCAUUUCAAAUAACAUUUAAAUAUCCAUCAAAAUGAUGAGUGCUGCUGAAGCAAAUGUUACUGGUAGGUUAAAAGCGGUUUAAAGGAUGUUACAUUACACUAACACCCAUAGUUUUUAGGAGACAUGAACUGAAAUGUACUGAAGUAUAUACAGUGGAUAUAAAAAGUCUACACACCUCUGUUAAAAUAUCAGGUUUCUGUGAUGUAAAAAAAUGAGACAAAGAUAAAUCAUUUCAGAACUUUUUCCACCUUUAAUGUGACCUAUAAAUUGUACAACUCAAUUGAAAAAGAAACUGAAAUCUUUUAGGUAAAGGGAAAUAAAAAUAAAUAAACUAAAAUAAUAUGGUUGCAUAAGUGUGAACACCCUUUUAUAACUGGGGAUGUAGCUGUGUUCAGAAUUAAUCAAUCACAUUCAAAAUGAUGUUAAAUAGGAGUCAGUACACACCUGUCAUCAUUUAAAGUACCUCUGAUUAACCCCAAAUAAAGUUCAGCUGUUCUAGUAGGUCUUUCCUGACAUUUUGUUAGUCGCAUCCUACAGCAAAAGCCAUGGUCCGCAGAGAGCUUCUAAAGCAUCAGAGGGAUCUCAUUGUUAAAAGGUAUCAGUCAGGAGAAGGGUACAAAAGAAUUUACACAGUGAAGACAGUCAUCAUCAAGUGGAGAACAUAUGGCGCAACAAUGACAUUACCAAGAACUGGAUGUCCCUCCAAAAUUGAUGAAAAGACGAGAAGAAAACUGGUCUGGGAGGCUGCCAAGAGGCCUACAGCAACAUUAAAGGAGCUGCAGGAAUAUCUGGCAAGUACUGGCUGUGUGGUACAUGUGACAACAAUCGCCAGUAUUCUUCAUAUGUCUGGGCUAUGGGGUAGAGUGGCAAGAUGGAAGCCAUUUCUUACAAAAAAAAAACAUCCAAGCCUGGCUAAAUUUUGCAAAAACGCAUCUGAAGUCUCCCAAAAGCACGUGAGAAAAAAGGUGUUAUGGUCUGAUGAAACCAAGGUUGAACUUUUUGGCCAUGAUUCCAAAAGAUAUGUUUGGCACAAAAAAAACACUGCAUAUCACCAAAAGAACACCAUACCCACAGUGAAGCAUGGUGGUGUCAGCAUCAUGCUUUGGGGAUGUUUUUCUUCAGCUGGAACUGGGGCCUUAGUCAAGGCCUUAGGCAAGGUAGAGGGAAUAAUGAACAGUUCUAAAUACCAGAAAAUAUUGGCACAAAACCUUCAGGCUUCUGCUAGAAAGCUGAACAUGAAGAGGAACUUCAUCUUUCAGCAUUGACAACGACCCAAAGCAUACAUCCAAAUCAACAAAGGAAUGGCUUCACCAGAAGAAGAUUAAAGUUUUGGGAUGGCCCAGCCAGAGCCCAGACCUGAAUCCAAUUCAAAAUCUGUUGGGUGAUCUGAAGAGGGCUGUGCACAGGAGAUGCCCUCGCAUUCUGACAGAUUUAGAGUGUUUUUGCAAAGAAGAGUGGGCAAAUAUUGCCAAGUCAAGAUGUGUCAUGCUGAAAAACUCAUACCCAAAAAGACUGAGUGCUGUAAUAAAAUCAAAAGGUGCUUCAAUAAAGUAUUAGUUUAAGGGUGUUCACACUUAUGCAACCAUAUUAUUUUAUUUUUUUAUUUUUAUUUCCCUUUACCUAAAAGAUUUCAGUUGGUUGUUCAGGUCACAUUAAAGGUGGAAAAGGUUCUGAAAUUAUUUAUCUUUGUCUCAUAUUUUUACAUCACAGAAACCUGACAUUUAUUUUUAUAUCCACUGUAAAUUAUGAUUUUACUCUAUUUUAUAUGAAAGCAGCAAAAUCCUAUUCAGCUGGAAAUUGCUCAAGGGGUUGGCAUUUCUUUCCAGCAUUGCUCCUUCAGUUCUGUUGACCUAUGUCAGUGGGACAUUAACCUACAUUAAACAUGAUGAGUAUACAAUACUUAUUUCAAGUCUUAAUAUUUUGAUUCACUCACUUGUACUUAAAGGGACAUACGUGCAAACUAGAAAAGCGCAUUAUUGCUAAUGUAACUGUCUGAAGGGACAUUAAACCCAAAAUUUGUCUUUCAUGAUUCAGAUCAAGCAUACAAUUUUUGACAACGUCAUUUAUUCUAACAGUAUAAUUUCCAUUAACUCACAGAGCUUAUCCCCUUUCUUUGCUCUCUGGAAUGCUCUCUAUCUGCAACAUACUUACAGCCGUUCGCUACCUGUUUCUAUUGCUUUUAAUCUUUUAGCAAUUACAAAAAUCUGGAUAUCAUCUUCUGACACUGCUUCCAUUGCUUCUCUCACACAUGGUGGUCUCCACUUUAACCAUAACUCUAUGUCUGGUGAGAGACAUAGUGGUGGUGUGAGGAUCUUGCUCUACCCCUCCUGCACCUAUCAGUACCUGCCACUACUCCCAUCUCUCUUCUUCUGCUUUGAAGUUCACUGCAUUCACCUGUUCUCCUUUAUCUCUCUGAGUGGCAGUCAUCUAUUGCCUUCCUGGACCAACCUCCCAACUUCUUGACAACUUUGCUGCCUGGCUUCCUCUCUUUCUAGGAAUAUACCGACUAAUACUUAGGGACUUCAACAUCCCCAUUGAUAACACAUCUGCCUCUGCUGCCUCUAAACUUCUUUGUCUAACAUCCUCCUUCGGUCUCUAACAAUCCACCCUACUCACCAAGACGGACAAUCUAUUGACCUAGUAAUUUCCUACUUCUGUUCUAUAUCUGACUUCACCUGUCACCCUUUUCACAUUUCAGACCACCACCUGCUCACAUAUAAUCACACAUAAUCUUAAUGUAUCGGCUAAACCCACUCCCACUGUGGAUCCGCUUCAAUUUUCCAAGUUUAUUUAGCAUCUCCUUCCUCACACUUCCACUAUAACCUGCCCAUAAUACCAAUACUCUCUCCUCUGCAGUAUACACUCUUGCUCCUCCCCAACUAUGCAAAUCCUCACUCCAUCAGUUACAGCCCUUGCACUCUCAGCAAACUCGCUACUUGCAAAAAUGCUUCCGCAAUGCUGAGCGUGUUGAGGAAAUCUCGCUCUGAAUCUUAUUUCAUCCACUAUAAAUUCAUUCUUAAUUCAUACACAUCUGCCCUUCUCUUAGCCAAGCAAACCUACUUCUUUUAUCUCUGCUCUUUCUUCCAACCCUAAACAAUUUCUGGACUUUCAACUCUCUCCUAGGCCCAUCUGCACCACCCUCUUCAUCUGUCUUUAGUGCUCAAGACUGGCAGAAUACUUUUUAAACCAAACAUCCGAAGCAACAUCACAACAAGCCCGCAAUCUUCCACCCCUGGUCACCCCCUCUGCCACUCUCUGCAUCUUCACCCCCCAGGCACCAAACAUAAAGUUUGUUCUUUACUGUCUUCCUCACGCCUCAUUACCUGCCCGCUUGACCCUAUCCCUUUACAUCUAAUACCUUCUCUGUCUUCCACCCUCACUCCUGCUCUUACUCUCAUCUUCAACCUAUCCCUUUCUACCAGUUCAUUCCCAUCUUUCUAAAAACAUGCAAAGGUCACCCCUAUAUUCAAAACCCUUCCUUUAAUUAUUUUGCAAACUACUGCCCAUAUCACUUUCUAUGCUAACAUUUUAAACUCUUGAAAAACUAAUUUAAGACCUCCUAACCCACUUCCUGUCCUCCAACUCCUUGCUUGAACCCCCCUGCAAUCUGGCUUCUGUCCCCAACACUCACCAAUAUUACUAACUAUCUUCUUUCUGCUCAAAUUAACAAUGACUACUCUAUACUUAUCUUACAUGACCUCUGCGGCCUUUGAUACAGUUGACCACCCCCUCCUCCUACAGACUCUCAGCUCUCUUGGUCCCUGUGACACUGCCCUCUCUUGGAUCCACUCUUAUCUAUCUCACAGAUCCUUUUCUGUGUCAUUUGCUGGUAACUCCUCUUCAAUUCCUCUGACAGUUGGAGUACUUUAAGGCUCUGUCCUGGGUCCUCUACUCUUCUACAUUUAUACUUCUUCACUGGGUAAACUUAUCAACAGCUAUGGAUUCAAAUAUCACCUCUAUGCUGAUGACACUCCAAUCUACCUCUCCACCCCUGCUCUCUCACGCUUUCCUUUCUCAUAUCAGUGACUGCUUAUCUGGCAUUUCUUCCUUGCUGGCUUCUCACCACCAAAGGAUUGUGGUGCUAAGUCAAGUGUCCCAAGACUGAGUUCCUUCUAAUCCCCCCCCCCCCUCAUUUAGCUUUACUCUGAAUUCUGACUUUUCUAUCACUGUCGACUGAAUCACUAUCUCCCCAUCACUCCAAAUCUGCUGCCUCAGAGUUACACUCAACUCCAAUCUGUCCUUCAUCCCCCACAUCCAAUCUGUCCUUCAUCCCCCACAUCCAAUCACUUUCUUCACCCUGCUUCAACCACCCAUGCAAUAUUUUCGUCAGUUUUUGAGCACUGACACCACUAAGCAACUAAUCCACUCCCUUGUAAUUUCCUGAUUUGACUACUGCAAUAACCUACUCACUUGCCUUCCUCUUCCCCCCUUUUAUCCAUCCUAAAUGCCUCUGCCAGGCUAAUCCUUCUUUCCGGUCGCUCUGAAUCUGCUGCACCUCUUUGCGAUUUCCUUCACCGCCUCCCCAUUCACAGCAGAAUUUAAUUCAAAAUUCUCACUUGGACCUACAAAGCCAUUGCCAAUGCUGCUCCCCACUACCUGUCCUCACUGACCAACAAAUAUAUACUCCAGCCCGCCCACUAAGAUACAAUGACCUGCUCCUUGCAUCUUCUUUUAUCACUUAUAAGACUGCAGGACUUCUCUCGUGCGGCACCAACCCUCUGGAAUGCACUUCCUCAUGGCGUCAGACUCUCCCCUAAUCUGCCUUGUUUUUAAUGCUCCCUAAAGACAUUUUUGUUCAGGAAAGCCUACUACCCAACUCGGUAACAAUUUAGUUAAACUUUCCUAAUAAUUGCCCUCAUCUAACUCUGUAUUAACAUCAUUCUCACCCUCCUGUUUCUCACCUCCUACCUCUUCCUGUAUUUGUCAAAUUUUGUUUGGUUUCUUACACCUUUUGUAUAAUUGUUUUGCUAACAUGAAUUGUACCCAUGGACAGCGCUGUGGAAAAUGUUGGCGCUUUAUAAACAAAAUAAUUAUAUUCAGAA